UAUCCUGACUGUUUCAGGAUGUUGUUAAAAUUAAUAUUAUUCUUGGCCUGUUAUGUGUCUUUUGUCACUGCACAGGCGGUUCCGAGUGUUUAUAGUCCAGUCGCACUCUUCGAUUGCUUCAAUCCGAACAGCCUGGAACUAAUUAGAAUUAACACCAUGUGUGGAACUCUUCUAUCCCCCUGCUACCCCGAUAACUAUACGGUUGAGGUGGACGCCGGUAAAAAACUGUGGGAUAUUCAGUACAUUCCGCCGACGGGAAGAACCGUUGCAGGUUACCGACUUAACUUCAACGAUUUUGUAACCAACGAUUUCGGCGGCGACGGUGGAAUUAUUUACAUUGGUCAAACAAUAAGUGUGGAUUCUUCAACAAACGUUGCUGAAGCAGCUCGAGACAUAAGUAUUUCCGGUGAUGGAAGAACGGCACCAGGUUUUCUGAUACAACGAACUGGUGUUGCUGCCACAAAUGGCUUGAUUGGCCAUGUUUUAGAUUUAGACUACCCGCGGUGGUAUACGAACUUCUACUCAAGUCUUCAACCCGCAAGAAGGGGUUUCAAUAUUACUUACUGUGGAGAACUGAACUUGUGCGAUGCAGCAGCAAAUUAUUGCAAAAAUGGUGGAACUUGUUCUCGUGCCAGCUUUGGAGUUUAUAGCUGCGCUUGCACAGCUAGCUUCAUGGGCCCAACAUGUGAAAUUGAUGUUGAUGAAUGCCUUACCAAUCCUUGUCAUUCUCUUGCUACCUGCACUAACACAGUUGGAACUUUUAUUUGCACUUGUAAUGCUGGGUAUACUGGAGAUGGUCUUGCUGCUGGCACAUGCGCAAAUAUUAAUGAAUGUACCCUCCCAUCACAUAACUGCCAUGCUAAUGCAGCGUGCACGGACACUAUAGGGAGUUUCACAUGCGCGUGUAACACUGGGUAUACAGGGAAUGGUGUUACUUGCACAGAUGUUGAUGAGUGCACUGUGGGUACACACACCUGUCAUGCACAAGCAACUUGCACUAAUACUGUAGGCAGCUUCACUUGCGCUUGUAAUACUGGCUUCACUGGCAAUGGCUUGACGUGCACAAAUAUUAACGAAUGUACCCUCCCAUCACAUAACUGCCAUGCUAAUGCAGCGUGCACGGACACUAUAGGGAGUUUCACAUGCGCGUGUAACACUGGGUAUACAGGGAAUGGUGUUACUUGUACAGAUGUUGAUGAGUGCACUGUGGGUACACACACCUGUCAUGCACAAGCAACUUGCACUAAUACUGUAGGCAGCUUCACUUGCGCUUGUAAUACUGGUUUCACUGGCGAUGGCUUCACAUGCACAAAUAUUAAUGAAUGUACAACUGGUGCACACAAUUGUGAUGUCAAUGCCGACUGCACAGACACACCAGGCAGUUUUACUUGCCAAUGUAAAACAGGGUAUACUGGUAAUGGAAACUCAUGUGUAGAUAUUGAUGAAUGCACCCUCGGCACUGAUAACUGUCAUGCAAGCGCCACCUGCACGAAUACGGUUGGAAGCUACACUUGUAUGUGCAAUGCUGGCUUUACUGGAGAUGGAUUUACUUGCAUUGAUAUUGAUGAAUGCGUUUUGGGCUUACACAAUUGUAACACAAGUCUGAAUGACCAGGUUUGUUUAAACACAAUGGGAAGUUUUAAUUGUCUUUGCAACUCUCCUGAAUACAGAGGAACACCUCCAAGUUGCUUAGGAUAUUACUGCCCUGGAAACGUCAGUCUUCCGGCUACUUGUCUUAUACCAGGAUUUAUAGAGUGGCCAUUAUUCCAUGAUGGUUCUAAAAUCUUCAACAAUAACGAAGAAGUAACUUGGUUUGUUAAUAUGACCGGCCAAGUCAAUAAAACAGCCAUUAGAUUCAUCUUUCAAGAGAUUUCUGUGGCUCAUACUCAAGAUUACAUCAUAUUUAGCACAAGCCCUGAUAUUAAUGACUUAUCUGCUUUCUUGGCUGUGAUCACUGGUACAAAAACAAACAUACUGAAUCAACUUACUGCUGCAAGUUCAACAAACCCUGUUGGUUUUGAUGUAGCUACUUCUACCUAUAUUAUUCCAAGAACGGAAGUAUACAUUCAUUUCCACAGCGACAGAGAGAUCGUUUCAACCGGUUUUAAAAUCCGGUAUGACCCAGAUACGGAUGACUGUGUAACAUCGUCAGUAAAUUGUAAAAAUAACGGAACAUGCUCUGACCGUGUGUUUGACUAUAUGUGUGAGAACUGCCCAGGAUACACAGGAAGGGAUUGCGACAUGGACGAAGACGAAUGUAGCAAUUCAACUUUAAACAACUGUCAUGCAAAUUCUACUUGCACUAAUUUAAAUGGAACAUUUAGUUGUGCAUGCAAUGCACCUAGCUUUACUGGCAAUGGAACAUUUUGUCAGCCCCAUCUCAAUGUUACGAAUUUGGUCGUUUCAUCACCGCCUGGAGGGACUUCAUUAAAUAUAACUUUUGAUACAACUGCACCAUGGGGCACAGACCCUAACUACUUGAACAAUUACAAUAUACUUGUGUUUAAAGUUGGAAACACAACGCCCACUAACAUGACCACUGCAAAUGUAAACCUACCAGCUUUCCAGUCAACUGUGGUAUCCGGAUUACUGCCAGCAACAAGUUACUAUGUCCAAAUAACUGCUGGAGCACGUGGGCCGUUAUUCCCUACUGCUGUUUUUGAAAUAAAUGUGGCAAAUAUAACCUACCAGACUGCCGAUACAGUUCCCCUUGCCCCAAGCAACCUAAACGUGACAAGCAGUGACCAGGAUACGGUUCGCAUAGAAUGGACACGUCCCAAUGAAACAUCUAUUGGUAAAACCAUAGAAUAUACUGUUGAAGCCCAGAGGUCUGUACAGGAUUGCAUAACAUUCGGCGUACCAGCUCUAGGCUUUCAAGUGGAUUGUGCUCUUCCCAAGGAUUUUACUGUCUCAGCUUCUGCAGUCAUGAGCAAUACCUAUGUGUUGACUGGUCUUGUGCCGUACCGGACUUACAAUAUUCGAAUCCGUGCUAAGACAUCAGCUGGGUCUGGUCCUUGGAGCAACAAUGCAACUGCAUUUACUGGCAUCGAAUGUCCCGGUUUCCGACGCCCUGUUCCUGCCAGCCAACCGUCAUGUACUUUCCAAGAGGCUUCAAUACGGAGUGAAAACUUCCCUCGGCAAUACCCACCAUGGAAUGACACCUUUUAUUCUGUUGACUUCAGAGGACAAGGUGCAGUUCAAAUUGUGUUUGAUUUCUUUGCUACUGAGCCCAAUCAAGAUUACUUGGAUAUUAUAUUUGGAACUAUUAACUUUGCUCCACAAAUUCCAAACUCUAGGAUUCGAAAUAGUUUUACUGGGGACAUAACUGGUUCACAAUCCCCCAUAGUGUUCACCAUGGCUGAAACAGGAGGCAUCUUAACGCUAAGAUUUCACGCCGAUCUGUUUAACCCAACCGGAAAUGGUUCUUUUCCAGGAUUCCAAGUUCACUACGAAACAAAUUCAACCCGCUGCAGUCCCAACCCAUGUAUUAAUGGAGGAACAUGCACAGAUAUCCCAUUUGACUUCCAAUGUGCAUGUCCCACAAUAUGGGGCGGAAAAGUUUGCAAUCUACAACUUGUAUCUAUUGACGUCCAAUGUUCUUCUACGUCCCCAACUUCAUUCACCGUGAAUUGGAAUGUGACGUCCGCGUGGCAGAAUGAUGCAACUGUUAUCGCUGGAUACAAUGUAACAUACAGUGGUGCAGUGACUGAUUCUAUGAGGAAAGCCCUUGGUGAUAGUUCCGCUACCGUAUCCGGUUUCACAGGGUACCAACCAUACACUGUGACUGUCACAAUAUUAGCUGUCAGUCCUGCUACUGUACCAACUUCAAACACUUGCUCAGGAAACACUGCACAACAAACUCCUGACGCGCCGACGAGCGUGGUUGCCACUGCCACGUCUUCUUCUACAAUUGAUGUAACAUGGGUUGCACCUGUUGUCACUCGUGGUGUAGUUUCAUCAUACACUGUAACAUACACACAAACAGAAAAUGGAGUUAGUAUGAGCAAGGUAGUUUUCGUACCUGCCACCACCUCUAACUAUAUCUUCCCUCCCAGCAUACAGAACAUACAAUGUCUCUGUUUUAGCCACCACAGCUGGAGGGAAUGGACAAAUUGGAAUUGCAGCUGCCACUGCCAGAACUUUCGAAGCUGUUCCUGGUCCAGUUUCUGGCUUAACACUGACACCUACUGCUCGUACAAUUGCUGUUGCAUUCACUGCUCCUAUCAGCACUGGUGUAAUGAAUUAUGACGUUGAAUACUUUGUAACAACAGCGACAGCUGCAACAGCUACAACCAUAAGCACAGCUAACCCAUCUGUGACUAUUCCAACACUGACGCCAGCUACAGGCUACACUGUUAAUGUUUAUGCAAGAUCAGGUAUACCAGGUAGAAGUCCAGUACAAACUGCAACAACCACAACAGCUGAGGAUGUUCCGAGUGCCGUGACAGGUUUAUCUGUCUCUUCUACUGAUCCAAGCAUGAUGUUAGUUAUGUGGGGG